UUUUAGGGUAGUAGUAAUCGGAUAUUCUCAAGCCGUGUAGUGCCGUGUUAAAAUUCAUUUUUGUCAAUGUUUAGUGGUAAGAAAAUAACCAAAAUCGUAUUUAAUAUCUUUAUUAGAUGCCAGUGUAGGGUGUGAUGUGUGAUGAUUGUGAAAAUUAAUGCAAAUUACUAUGUUAAUUUGAUGUACAACUUUCUGCCAUUGCCAUUUGGAAUUAGGAGGAAUAGUGUGCAAAACAUUGACGCCUUCUUUUAGUUCCUUCUUCUCAUUUUUUUUUGUGGGGGACGAGAAGAGUGGAGCGGAAAAACAUAUUACUAGUACACUCCUCAUUUUCCUUCUGGUUGCCCCAUCUGGGGUGUCAAUAAAUCCAGAAUGGGGAAAUUGCUGUCGAAAAUUUUCGGCAAUAAAGAGAUGAGGAUAUUGAUGUUGGGCCUGGAUGCAGCUGGUAAAACCACAAUUUUAUAUAAAUUGAAGUUGGGUCAAUCUGUGACAACUAUACCAACUGUGGGAUUCAACGUUGAAACUGUAACAUACAAAAAUGUCAAAUUUAAUGUGUGGGAUGUGGGUGGACAGGACAAAAUUCGUCCACUAUGGAGACACUAUUACACAGGAACGCAAGGAUUGAUUUUUGUGGUCGACUGUGCCGAUCGCGAUCGAAUAGAUGAAGCACGACAAGAAUUGCAUAGAAUAAUAAAUGAUAGGGAGAUGAGAGAUGCAAUUAUAUUAAUAUUUGCCAAUAAGCAGGACCUUCCAGAUGCUAUGAAACCACACGAGAUUCAAGAGAAAUUGGGCUUGACACGUAUCAGAGACAGAAAUUGGUAUGUUCAGCCGUCCUGUGCAACAUCCGGCGAUGGACUGUAUGAAGGACUUACGUGGCUAACAUCGAAUCACAAAUUAUGAGAGUAAGCCAUUAAUUUCUUUUCAAAGGAAAACAUAAAUCCAUCGUCAAAUCCACCCCCUUAAGAAGUGAAAAAAAAAUGAGUGUAAGGAUGUAGAUGAAACCGACAUCAUGACGGUUAUAAAAAAUAAUCUUUAAUCUGAUGUUUAAAAGCAAAAAAAAAGAAGAAACGAGAGAUUUAAAAACUUCAAAAAUAAGUAAUAUGAGAAAUGAAUGUUUAAAAAAAGAUGAGGGAGUAUUUAUUUUCUUUUUUUUUAAUCGCACAAAAAGGGUAUCAUUCUUUUACGUGAAAACAUCUCUAUGCGCGCGGCUUAAUAUUUUUGUCUGUACAUUUCAUUAACGUUUUAGAGGUUGCUUGGCUUAGCGAUAUUAUUCGUGGCACUGUACUGUGGAAGAGAUUUGCAAUUUUAUUUAGAGAAUCUGUAUUUUUUGUAGUGAAGAUCCUUAAAUUCGUGAAUUUCUUGGCAUUUUCACUGUGAAAAAUAAAGUUCUAAUCUUUUGUUCCAGUCUGCUUCGAAGGAGAUCGCUUCGAAGGACCUCUAAUCUCUUGUGUCAUUCACUUGAUGACCAAACUAAAUAAUAAUAUUUCUAAAUUAAGAUGAAAUGAAGGGAAUAUUCGGUGAUUUUCUUUAGAAAAAACAAGAACAAUAUUUAAAAUAAAUAUUUUGCAAUUAAAUCCCAACGAAAUACGGAGAAAUUCUACUGAUAAUCUCUCUGCAAAAAAAAAUAAUAGCUAGAAAAGGGAAAAUCUUUUUUUGGGGGCGCAAACAGACGUACUAAAAGCACCAAAAUGAAUUUGGAAAUUAUUAACUAAACAAGCUUAAAUAAUUUUAGAUAAUACAAUAAAUAAAAAAACACGAGAAACAUUGCUCUGAAGAAAAACACACACAAAGUCACUAGUUAAAGUGAUCUGAAUCAUAAAUUAGAGAGUAUUCUAUUCGUAAAAAACAAAGAUAAUUAAAGAAUGCAAAUCAGUAGUGAACGAUGCAAGAACAAAGUCGCACCGAUUCGAAAUGAAAAAAAAAUAUCUCUGUAGUUAUUUGUAGAUGAUGAGAUUGAAUGUGUGGAAGAUCAUAAAAGAUUUAGUAAAAAAAAAUGUCGCAAAUAUGUAUAAAUAUACUAUUGAAUAUAUUUUUGAAUCAAAAUUCAAAAUAUUAAUAAUUUUCUUUUUCUAUAUAGAAAAAAAAAUAACAAUUAUAAUAAUAAAAGAGAAACAAGGAGAAUAUUAUGAUAUUUUCUAUAUAUACACAAAAAAAAUAUUAAUGGGAAAUGAAAAUAUGUUGUCAUUUGCCUUGCCUAAAAAGAAGUAAAAACAAUUGAAAGAUAAAUAAAAGAAACCAAUUAGAGAAAAAGUUUUAUUGUAUAGAGGGAAAAAGAGAAAAUAAUUUAAAGAAAAAAAAAGAUAUUAAUUGGUGAUAUAUUAUUAUUGUGAAUGAGUAACAAAAGAUCAUGUCCUAAUAUUUGAGAAAAGAAAAACGAGUAAUUUUUUUAUCGAGGAUGCCGUUUUUUUUUUAGAUUUGUGGUGAUAUUCAAAUGAAAAAUGAAAAGGGGAAACUCUUCUCCUGAAUAUUUUUUUUAGGACAUGACUGUUCUCAAAUGCUUCUGCAUUAUCGACUUUUCUUUGUGUUGGUUCAUGUCACGACAGUUUUCCUUAGUUCUUGCAGUGUUCGAAAUCCACUAGUCAUGACAGGAAUCAACACAAAGAAUAGUUGAUUGUGUAGCCCUUGAAAACAAUUAACAUUUUGUUUUAGCACUACUGUUCUCAAGUGCUUCUGCAUUAUCGACUUUUCUUUGUGUUGAUUCCUGGAACGACUUGUAGUUUUCGAACACAGCGAGAUUUAGGGAAACAGUCCUGACAGGAAUCAAAACAAGAAAACUCGAUAACGCAGAAGCAAUUGAGAAUAGUAAAGUGCUAAAAAUUCCAAUGAAAAAUUAACAUUUUGUUUUAGCACUCUACUGUUCUCAAGUCCUUCUGCACUAUCGACUAUUCUUUGUGUUGGUUCCUGUCAUUACUAGUGGUUUUCGAACAUAGUGAGAGCUAGAGCAAUAGUCGUGACAGGAACCUAGGACUUUGCAUAGUUCACAAUUGCUGUGCCAUUAAGCUUCAAUGGUUCAACCAGCAAUGGACUAUAUUCCUGAAUGAACCAGAAGAGGGUCUUCUGGAUCUCGUUUCAACGCUGAAGUAUCAGACCACCCUCGUGACAGGAACCAACACGAAAAAAUCGAUAACGCAGAAGCAAUUGAGAACAGUCAUGUACUAAGAAAAAAAACUUCAGAAGAAAGAUCUCCCCUCUUCAUUUUCCAUUGGAAUGAGCAUUAUUAAUCAUUCUGCACGCUACAAGGAGACAUCGGUAAAACAAACAUUGUUUAUUUGACUUGAAACAUAUUUUUCACAAACUUUAUAAUGCAACACCCUACGAAAUUCAAUUAAGUUCACUUAGGUGCGUUCAUCCUAUCAGUCUAGAGUUUGUUUUUGCAACUGGAUUCACAAUAAUUCCCAACUGUUCCCAAUUGCAUUUGAGAAAAGUAAGUAAGAUUCAUUAGUGCGCACUUGAUUAAAGAUCAAAUCAAAGUUGGGAACAAAAUUGAGGAUUACAAUCGUUCCCAGUUAGUUGGCUGGCAAACAACGAAGAUAUGUUGAUCCUCUGUCACUUCAGGAGGACGUUAGUGGUCGAUCCCAAGGUAUUCUAAGGCAAGGUCCUGAAUUUGAUUGAAGCACCUUGUAUUAGCUGUACUUGAAUUUGAAGAUUAUUUUGGAAUAAGGACAUACGUAGGUUAUCAAAACAGUGAGUUUGACAGACGCAAGACAUCUCUUGAAGCACUGGUUCUUCUGGAUGUUCUAGCAAUAAUUUAGAAUCUGUCUAUACUUCGUGGGUGUUAUGGGUCAUUUAAGGUGUUUUCCUUUACGUUCAUACUACUCGUUUGAGUAAUUGAGAACAGUUGGGAACUAAAAUGAGAACUAACAUUGAAAAAUUUAGAUAAUUUUUCUUCCAUAAAAUGAUUUUUGUGUUUUAUGGGCUAUUUCCAUUGAGAAAAUUUUCAGAUUUUCUGAUAUUCCCAAUUCACAUGAAAACAAGUUUUUUUUUCUUAUGGAAAUUCGCUCAGCUGACAAAUAAUUGGUAUGUAAGUAUCAGAAGAAAACUCAAUGGUUAUCACUGUUCUCAAUGGGAAUCGGAAACUGUUUACAAUUUUUAUUUUUAAGUUUUUAUGCGGAAAAUUUGAAGCAAAUUGAACUUUUUUUUUCAUUUAAGCACCUUUUGGGCAAAAAAGUUUUGGGCAUUAUCCUUGCUCUUUUGCAUGAAAUUGUCGGCACUGCUGUUGAUGGAAACGUCAAAAUUCUGUCACAAAUGCGAUUUUGAACGAAAAUUGUUCCCAAUGUGUAAAGGUCUUUAGGUUUUCGUUAAGAAUUUCGGUUCGAUGGGGUGAAGCAGAGAAUAAAAAUGGAAACACUAGAGACUAGGGGAAAGUGCCCAUGCUUUACACGGUCCCAAGCUUUACAAUGAUUAAAUUUUUCAAUAAAUGUAACUCAUGUCAUCCAUAUUUUAAAAACUAGAGGAAAGUGCCUUGUUUUUAAAAUAUAUUGCAGAGUCGCAUUUAUUCAGAAACAUAGGAGAGAUUUAAUCAUUAUAGAGCUUGAGACCGUUCAAAGCAUGGGAACUUUCUCCUAGACCUUUCUUGAUUUUCGCAACUUUAUUGUUUACGUCAUUACGAGAAUGAAUGUCCUCUUCGUCAGGCUACCAAAUACCGUAAUACGGGCUUCAGACCAGAGACUUUUAGUUAUAUGCCUUAACUGCUCUAAUUUUUCAAAAAUCAAGAUUUUUCUUUGGAAAAACUUAACUUCGGAUUAGACUAUUAAGGACAACUGACCUAUUAAAAUCUAAAAAGGCAAUAAAAUAAGGUUGCUAUUUAACAUUUUGAGACCUUCGAAAACUGGACUAAACAUCUAGUCUGAAGACCGUUUAAUUGUGCUAUUCCAAUGAAAAAAUGAGCAUGGUUUUUUAGCACACUACUGUUCUCAAGUACUAAAAAGACCAUGACUGUUUCCACAUGAUAUUUCAAUUAAUGCCAGGUAGAAGCUUACUCGGCGGGGAUAUUUGAAUUCGGAUUUCGGUUGAACAUCAUGAUAAAGUCAUGUCAACUUGGUGGCGUGAUGCUGUUGUAUGGCAGGGACUUAGCAACCUUAGCCUCAACCAUGGGUUUUCCCAGGUUUUCCAUGAGUUUUCCUGUGAAAUCUCAGUAGUAAAAAGUCGUCGAACAGCAUUAAUCUUCUCUACUCAUUAUUUUCCUUAAAAUGACGUAUGGGAACAGACAUGGUCUUUUUUAGUACUUGAGAACAGUAAUGUGCUAAAAGAACAUGGUCGCUUUUUCAUUGGAAUUGCACCAUAAGGCGGAUGACUUUGACAUCCUCCUGUUUGUAAACUUUUCUCUACUUCUAGAACUUAAGGAUGGUCCUUACCGAUCCGGUCUACCAUGUCUGAUCAGUAAAAACCGUUCUUAAAGAUUAGAAUUAAAGAAUUAAAUUAAAUUAGAAUUAAAGAAAAGCUUACGAACAGUAGAGGAUCAAAGUCACCCGAACGCUACACACAAAGCAAAUUCUAGGCUGAUCCUCAAAUGAUCCUAAUUGAAUUUAAUGGUCCAAUUGGGAACUUUAAAAAACCUUUAACAAUUUAAUAAAUUUACCGUCAUUUAGUAGCAUUUCAAAUAAAUGUAUUACCACUCCAAUAAAAUUUAAAAAAAAAAAUAAAAUAAACGGCUAGAAGUGUGUGGAGUAAUUUUUAUCAGUGAGUCAAUUUGAAAUAUUUAGGUGAAAAAAAAAACAAGAAACGAAUAGAAACGAUUGCAGAGAGAAAUGUAGACUAUUAUUGAAAUUGAAAAGAGAAUUUUUGCAAAAUGAGAAAAACAAUUAAUUCUGAAUAUGCCUCCAUUGCUUUUCUCUUCGGUUUUGUCUUAAAAAAAAAACUACUCCCACAUUUAUUUUUUUGUUUCUUAUCAUUCUUUUGUUUUUCCUUUAUGCAAAUUGUAUAUAAAUUAUAAAUAUUUUUUCAUUUAGAAGUACUUUCAAUAAAAAAAAUCGGUUAUCUUAACAAAAGAGAAGCAGGGUUGGAAUUGUACUGUGUUGGAUCGUUGAAAGAAAUAAUUAAAAGAAAGGAAACAGAAUUUGUAAGAAUAUCAACACUAAGCAAAUUUGAGGAAUAACCAGUUAUUAUUAAAAAAAAAACAAAAAUAAGAAAAUAAAACGUGAAGAAUAGAAUUUAAACGAUUUGCGAUAAUGCUUUUCUUUUUUGAGAUGCUUUAGAAGAAAAAAAAAAGAAAUACUUAGCCGUUAAGAUUAAAAUAUAGUAAACAAGAAAUGAAAAAUAAAUCAAUCGUAACUAUAUUUUGUAUUAACAAAAAAAACCCUUAUUGUUCACUCUUUAGAAAUUGUGAGAAUAUUGCGGCCAAAAGACACUCACAUGAGAUUCUUUUUCGUCAAUUGGAAUAUCUCCAUUCUCAAUUUGUAUUAUCAUUUAUUAACUUUUUUUUUAUUCUUGAUUUUUUUUAAUUGGGAAAUCUGCAAUACACAUUCCAACGAAAAAGAAAAGGAAAAACACAAUUUGACGGUGUGAAAACGUCAAAUGUUAUCUCAAUCAAUUGAAAAUGGAAUUAGGACUUUAAUUUGUACAACUUAAAAAAAAAUAGCAGAUUGAUAAAUUAUUAAUAAACUGGACACUAAAAAAAAUUAGAACAAGUCACAGAAGGUCCUCAUAACAUUAACAUAAAAGUAAUUUUAUUCUGAAGUGUGAGAGCACUACCACAAAGUUCAUUUUCUGAUGAUCAAGGCGCGCAUCCUGUGAAGGAAGUUGAAGAUUUGAGAAAAGUGUUAGCAAAAGAACGUUCAUUAUAGUUUUUAUUUAAAGAAGAAAAAAAAAGAGGAGAAAAUACAUAUACAGAAUGAAUUAGUUAUUGUAAUGAAGAUUAUUAUACAUAAAAUGAGAGAGGAGUAAAAAUGGAUAACAAAGAGAAGAAAAAUGUAUGAAAUAUAAAGAAAAAAAAUUA